AUGGCUGCCACUGGUCAAUUUCUUUCAUUUGGAAAACCUAAUACUCUUCAAACUCAUUCACUAUUGGCCUUUAACCCUACAAGUUUAUUUCCAGAUCCACCAUCCGACUUGGAAAAGACUGUCAUAACUCAGUCAGUUGCUACUACCAUUGUACAACCUAACCCAUCAUUAGACAGUCUGCACGAACUACAAUCUAACGAGGUUUGUCUUGAUCACUCAAGCAAUGACUCUGGCUUGCCUUUGUUUCCAUCUCCGCUUACCAACGUCAGUGCCCUCCCUGCCGUGUAUUCCGCAACUCAAAAACAGCCAUUUGUUCAAAUGACUCCAUACAUUAAGCUAAACGGUAAGAUUGAUGGAGUUUUUAUUUCUCGCAAGGAUGCAGAUAAGCUAAGCAUAUCUACCAUCGGAACAGCAGAAACCUGCUAUGGUGAAGUCAACAGACUGUCUCCUUUGGGUUUGAUGCUAUUCAACAAGCAGGUCGUUGUUCAAAAUGUAUUUGAACUCCCCUCUGCCUUUGCCAACUCAGUCUAUGCCAAUGGUGUCGUUGGGUUAGAUACAAUUCAUGCACUGGGACUAUCUGUCAUGUGUGAUCGAGGCAUGGUCUAUGUGUGGAAUCCUGAACACUCUUCCUAUCACUCUAAAGACUCGCAUGAGCCCAUUGAUCUUCACCUCAGCUAA